AUGCUCCGCCAGUUCGUUCGAGGAGCUCGAUGUUACCAUGGGGCUCGCGGCCCAUCAAUUCCCCGGCGCCCCUUCUCCGCUGUAGCCGCGCGCCGGCUCGACUUUGGCGGGCCGAACGAUAAAGUCACCUUCUACGAACAAGACGGCAAGAAGCACCGCCAGGUCGACCCCGAGGCCGAGGAUAAUGAGGAGCGAGAGGAAGUAGAACAGGAGCUGGCGAAGCUCGAGGAGGAGCUCAAAGAGUUGGAGAAGGGACCUUUCGACCCCAGCAGUCCAUUCAUCCAAAGUUUGCCGGAGAACGACCGCAAAAUUGCCCUGGAGGCUCUGCGGAAAUACGAGAUAGAGCGUGGUCCGGUGGAGCCACAGCUAUCGCUGAACGAUGUGUUUGAUGACGAAUUGGACAAUAUGUUGAAGGAGGAAUUCAGCGGCCUGGCAGACGAGCAGGAGAAUUGGGAGGACAGUGCCAGGCGGCGUCAUAAGCUGGCUGCGAGACGAUCUAAAGAGGAAAAGCUCGCAGGACCGAAGUCUCAUCCAUAUGCUACGCGAUUAAAGAGCUCAUUGCAGCAAUAUAGCACAAAUGAGUCGGAUGAAGGCGCUAGACAGGAGGUUUGGAAGUGUUACCGCCGGUGCAAGCAGACGAUACCAGGAUUUCUCAAUGCAGUUCCGGUAGAGGUGAUGGAUAUGGUUUGGGAGUCACAGGCGGCAGACAAAUCGGCCAAGUCAACACGAUCAACACACUUGCAGGCUCUUGUCGAAGAUGCGACUGCCGUCGGCAAAUCUCUCACCACGCCUCAAAUUCUUUCAUAUAUCGAAGCUUUGAAGGAUGGUGGCGACACGACCAAGGCGUUGGAACAGUGGGAGGCAUACCAGUCUGACCUAUCACAGAAGAAAGAAGAUCUGGAAGAGUAUUGGAUGCUCGGCGUGCGACUGUUUGCAGCUGAGAACAAUCCCCAGCGAGCACAGGACAUUGCGCUGGCCUUCCUCAAAAAUGACAAUACUCGUCAACCACGUGUGUUGAUCCCGGUCAUCACCGCGUGGGGGAAUGAACCCGGAAAAGAGGCCGAGGUGAAAGCGUGGGCGUUGUAUCUACAACUCAAGACAUUCCUUGGUCCGAAUAUGACUAUGGAAGAUUAUGACCGAGUCAGCAUUGGUCUUCUUACAGCCGGCCGACUCGAUACCGCCGUCGCCAUCUUCAAAGACAUGAUGGUGACAGGAAAAGAUCCAGCGAAUGAUUCCACGGCUCUAUAUCAAGCAGCCCUUGGUCUGGCUGGCAAUCUUCAUGCCUCGAGCAUCGACGAGAAGGCUGUUAACAAAGUUUCUCUUUCAGCACUUACGCUGUUACCUCGUCGAUUCCAAAACCGAUUCUUCUAUGCUAGCUGGAUGAAGAAACUUAUUGGAAUGGGCGAAGUGGACUCGGCCGCACUGGUCAUUGAGCUAAUGUACGAACGUGGCAUCAGACCGGAUAGCAAGCACCUAAACGGUGUGAUGGCUGGUUGGCUACGCAUGGGCAACGCUGCCGCAAGGGACAAGGCAGAACGGCUUGGAUGGGCUAUGAUUCAACACCGAAUCGAUACCGUUUGGAAACGAUUCCAGCCAUCUCAGCCACCCCCUCGUCUCGAGAACAUGCAAAAGGAGGUUGAUGCCAGUCGCAUUCCCAAAUUCUUAAUGCGCGAAGUGCCGUCUGCCAGCAUCGAGACCUUUUCGAUUCUGCUUCUCCACUACACUCGCCGAGGUGAUGAUGACAUGGUGAAAUAUCUGGUCAAAUGCCUUGGAGAUGCACAUAUACAACCAAACUCAUAUUUCAUGAAUCACCUUCUAUAUGCCGAUCUUCGCAAGCAAGACAUCCGAACACUCUGGUCCAAAUUCCAAAAGAUGUCUUUCGCUGUUCGAGCGGAUCUCGAAACCUACGCUUGUCUAUGGGACUGCGCAAAACUGCAAUACGACCGUGGACGCACUGCAUUUGACUCUGGCUUCCCAUCCGCACGCCAGCUAUACGCCAAUAUGUCACGGUGGUACUCACAGCUAUCACCACGUGACCAGCAAACUACACAGUCACAAUUCUCGAAGGAGUUGUACGACCAGGUAGUACGUUGCUUUUGUUUGUCCAAGGACAUUCCCGGCACACUCAUUGCCUUGCACUCUAUGUGGACUGUGUUCGGCAAUGCACCAGACGAUACAACUGCCCGAUUGAUCAUUGUACAAGUCGCACGUUUGGCCAGCGUCCCCGCCAACACUCCAAAGCGUCGCUUGCGUCACUUAUCCUCGACACCCCGAAACAAAGAGAACAUCACCCAAGUCUCGCGACUACUGGAGAUGUUAGGUGAACGAAAAUCCAUGGCUUUGCAAACACAAGGAUUGAGUGUUGAGCAGCUGGAUCCCCACGAAAAGCAGCAGUACCAGCUUGAGAUCAUGGCCAGCUUACUGCGUAUCGUUUUGAGCCGUGCGGAGGGUCUCGACCCUGCUCAGGUGGAAGAAAAGCUGGCAGCGGCUGCAGCAGAAAUGCAAGUCCAGGGGCUCGAUAUCGGCUCGCCUUUGGGCGUCGAUGACAGCAAGCUACUUUAG